AUGGAUGACGAUCAUAACAAUCCCAUUCAUUACACCCGCGAUCCUCACAAACUGAUUGCUUAUCUGAUUCCGUUUCCAAAACCCAAAGGUCACGAUACAAACAUACCAGACCGAUUUUUAAUUUACACUCCUCCACCGCCUCCAUUUCCCAAGCCAGCUGAAGGCGAAAAGGAGAGUCGUUCAGUCAAGGUUCAACGAAAAUGGCAAGAAGAAGUCCGAGCUGCCAAGACCAGCGAAGCCAAGGCUGCAUCUUGGGCUGGCCUGCGCAAGAAUGCGACGAAAGCAGAGAUGGUUCUUGUCUACCCGGCCUCGAUCCCUAUGAACCCAGAGCAGAUACGUACAGAAUUUAUCAACACCAUGUUACGUUCGCAGAGCAAGGCACAGCGUGACUCGAUCCUUGCCACAGGUCUUCUACCGGUCACUCUCGCUAUCGAUAUCCUGUCAACCCCUAUCUGGCCAUUUGGUGGCCUGUUUGAAGUGGACGCGGUAUGGGCCUACGCCUCGAUACGCGGCGCUCGCAUUGCGCGUAGCACGACAAAGCGGCUCACAUCGACCGGCACAAACUCAGAUCCUAACAAGGAUACGCUGCACAUCCGAUUCCAGUCCGCAGCACGCCUAGAUAUUCUGCGUCGCUAUCUCGCAAUGAUAUGCCAUGAGCGCAACCCUAAGCGAUUUCCAAGCGCAGGCGUCAACGUCACGGAGACCGAGGUGCUGGAGGCCAUCGGAUGGAGCCCAAGUCAGGUCAAAGAGGGAGAAAGGAAUUGGGAAGACGAGCAAUGGGAGCUGACUAGUGUCAAGGAUGAUCUGAGAGCUGUAAUGGGCAAAGGAGCAAGGGAAUGGAACAAGUGGGUAGGGAGAUGGGAAGAGGACCCGAAGAAGGCGGCUAAGAAAUAG